AGGAAGUCGUUGAUUCCACAGACCCGACAACAACAUUGAACUUGUCCUCCAGCUAAGAAAACCAGUAUAAAAUCAAAGUCCUUUUAAGGCUCUUGUAUGCACAGAUUCACUUAUUAUUUCCUCCCAGUGUGAGUGGCUGUGGAGUGGCAUCAUUGGUAAAUUUACGUUCAUUUAUACACGUUGCUCACGUCUGCGCUGGACUAAAGUCAAGGUUCCUGAGACUUGGGAUGUCAUCUCCAGACACUGAAACUGGCAAGGCAACUUCCAAAGAGAGUGGAUUUCGAACCCCAGGGUUUAAAGGGGUGCGAACCACAUCUCUUUUCCGUGCCUUUAACCCGGAGCUCUUCAUCAAACCUAACAAGCCGGUCAUGGCCUUUGGACUGGUGACAAUCUCCAUGUGUGUAGCAUACCUGGGCUACCUUCACGCAACUAAAGAGAACAACCAACAGCUGUAUGAAGCGAUUGACAGCGAAGGGGAGAGAUACAUGAGGAGAAAAACCUCAAAAUGGAACUAAACUUGCAUCAUGAAAACGGAUUUACGACAGGGAGGAAGACCGUGUUGAAAUAUUCGUAGGCCUAGUCUACACGAGAUGUCCACACUGAUCCCACAAGAUGAUUUAUAUACAUGAUUUAUAUGUGUAAGGCAAGGACAUUAAAAACAUGGUCCUGGGAA